AUGCUUGUUGCAUUAGCACAUGCAUGUAUUCGUAAUGAAUAUUCAAAUUUAAAAGAAAAUACUUUAAAAAAACGUCUUGAUUUUGGUUCACAUGCUGUUAAAGAUGCAUUUUGUCAAUGUCCAUCAUAUGAUAUACUUGUUGAUGUUAUUGUUAAUAAAGGCGGAAUUAAUAAAUUAAAAGAUUUAUGUAAAGCAACACCUGGUAUACCAAUGAAACCAAUGUUAGCACAUCCAGCAAAAGGUAUUGAUGAAAUAUUAAAACGUUGUGGACAAAGUGAAUUUGCUUGUGAAUAUAAAUAUGAUGGUGAACGUGCACAGCGCUAA